AGCCCAGAAACCCUCCAUGUCAGAGAUGCUGCCGCUGCUUCUGUCCCUGCUGUGGGCAGGGUCCCUGGCUCAGGAUAAAGGAUUCCGGCUGAGAGUGCAGGAGUCUGUGACGGUGCAGGAGGGCCUGUGUGUCUUUGUCCCCUGCACUGUCUAUUAUCCCGAGAGCUACUGGAAGGACUCUGACCCUGCUCACGGCUACUGGUUCCAGGAAGGGGCCAGUACACACAGAGAUGCUCCUGUGGCCACAAACAAUCCAGAUCGUAAAGUGCAGAAGGAGACCCAGGGCCGAUUCCACCUCCUUGGGGACCCUCGUACGCGCAACUGCUCCCUGGACAUCAGAGACGCCAAGAGGAGGGAUGAUGGAAAAUACUUUUUUCGGGUGGAGAGAGGAAGUGCAUUAUGGAAUUACAAACGUAACUUCCUCUCUGUGCAUGUGACAGGGUCCCUGGCUCAGGAUAAAGAAUUCUGGCUGAGAGUGCAGGAGUCUGUGACGGUGCAGGAGGGCCUGUGUGUCUUUGUCCCCUGCACUGUCUAUUAUCCCGAGAGCUACUGGAAGGACUCUGACCCCGCUCAUGGCUACUGGUUCCGGGAAGGGGCCAGUAGAGACCAUGAUGCUCUUGUGGCCACAAACAAUCCAGAUCGUAAAGUGCAGGAGGAGACCCAGGGCCGAUUCCACCUCCUUGGGGACCCUCAGAACUACAACUGCUCCCUGCACAUCACAGACGCCAAGAGGAGGGACAAAGGCAAAUACUUUUUUCGUGUGGAGAGAGGAAAUGCGUUAUGGAGUUACACAUCUUACUUGCUCUUUGUACGUGUGAUAGCCCUGACCCACAGGCCCCACAUCUCCUUCCCGGGCUCCCUGGAGUCUGGCCGCCCCAGGAAACUGACCUGCUCUGUGCCCUGGGCCUGUGAGCGGGGCACGCCCCCCAUCUUCUCCUGGACCUCAGCUGCCCUCGCCUCCCUGGGCCCCAGGACCCUCCUCUCCUCCAUGAUCACCCUCACCCCUCGGCCCCAGGACCACGGCACUAACCUCACCUGUCAGGUGAAGUUCCCUGCAGUUGAUGUGACCAUGGAGAGAACCAUCCAGCUCAACGUCACCUACUCUCCACAGAACUUGACCGUAACUGUCUUCCAAGGAAAUGGCACAGCACCCACAGCCCUAGAGAACGGGUCAUCUCUUUCAGUCCCGGAGGGCCAGUCCCUGCGCCUGGUCUGUGUGGUUGACAGCAACCCCCCCACCAGGCUGAGUUGGACCCGGCGGAGCCUGACCCUGAAUCACUUGCACCCCUCAAACACUGGGGUCCUGGAGCUGUCUGGAGUCCAUGUCGGAGAUGAAGGGGAAUUCACCUGCCGAGCUCAGCACCCUUGGGAGUCCCUGCACGUCUCCCUCCACCUCUCUGUGCAGAGAACAGCCUCGACAUUAUCAGGAGUGGCGCUGGGGGCAGUCGGGGGAGCAAGUGUUACAACCCUGCUCUUCCUGUCCUUCUGCGUCAUUGUCGUCCUUGUGAGAUCCUGGAGAAAGAAAGCGUCGAGGGCUGCAGCGGGCAUGGGCGACACGGGCACGGAGGGUGCAGACACUGUCAUGAGGUCAAUCUCUCAGGGUCCCGUGAUGGAAUCCCAGCCAGGCAGCCUCACAGACCACCCUCCCGCAACUCUGAGUGUCCCCUCGAUGGGAGAGAAAGAAGAGGUUCAUUACGCAUCCCUCAGGUUUCAAAGGAGGCAGCGUGGAACCGCGAAGGUACAGCAGGUCACUGAGAGUGAGUACUCAGAGAUCAAUACCCAAGUGAGGAACGGCCCAGACCUGGCCCUGACUUGAUGAUGGCGGCCCCCGACAAGGAAAAGAAAAACACAAAGGUGGAUUCCUGCAUAAUUAAAAGCCCUCAGGAGAUGAGUUAAAAGUAUAGUGGAAACAACACAGGCUUUGGAACCAAAGCGUUGUGAGUUCAAAUCCACACGCUGCCCCUUUACUAAGUGACAGACCAAUCCCCGCCUCUCUGUGCCUCAGUUUUCUGCCCUGUGAAACAAGUUGAGAAGCCCUACUUGCAAGUUUGUGGUGAGAAUUGAGGGAGUCGUAUCCUAUCCGAGCACCUGGCUCAACGUGUAUGCUGAGCACAUGUCGGAUCCUUGUGCUUUGAACAGAAAGUUCCUACUGGGAAUUUGUCUUGACUCUGGAGGUGACCAGCAUCAGACAGUCCUUGCAGCUGAGGUCCCGCUUCCUGGAAUGCCCACCUGGCCUUCAUCUGCCUCUGUCUUUGAAAGAAGAAUUCAAGGGGUAGACGUCUGGGUUGAGAUGGGAGUCAAGCAGAAGCUCACGACUUCUUCCCAUAAAGACAAACCAAAUGAAAGCAAAAGGUUCCCAAAUGAUCACAAGACCAUGUGAUGAAUGAAACGUGAUCCCCAAAUUCACCCACAGCUACCAGAUGAGGAAAGGAGUAUGUCACAGCAGUCACUUCCUAAAGUAGCCUUGAUGGAAAGAAAUAAAAGGACGUGACAAGACAUUAAACAUUCCCUAACUCUGUACUGCAGCUCAUUUGUAACCGCAUUGAAAGUCAUAAAAUACCAAAGAACUUUUUUUCAAAAAAAUGCAAUACUUCUGUACUAAAAAAUACAGAACAUUGCUGAGAGAAAUUAAAGAAGAUCCAAAUGAAUGAAAAAAUAUACCAUGUCCAUGGAUUGGAAGACACAAAACUGUUAGGAUGUCCGUUUUCUCUGUAUUGAUUUAAAGUAAUUCUAGUGUGUGUGAGUGUGUGUGUGUGUGAACACAAAUUGACAAGUUGAUUCUAAAAUUUAUAUGGAAAUGGAAAGGACUUAGAAUAGUCAAACAACCUUGAAAAAGAACACAGUUGGGGAUAUCAAACUUUAUUAUAACGUUAAUCAAGAGAGUGUGGUAUGGAACAAAAUAGGGUGUGUGUGUGUGUGUGUGUGUGUGUGUGUGUGUGUGUGUGUGUCUGUGUGUGUGUAUUAAUUUGAAUAGCACAAGUAUAUUCAACUGGGUAAGGAAUUUUUUUAACAAAUGGUGGUAGAACAAGUGGGUCAAUGUUUGGAAAAAAUGAACCUUAUCAAUUAUAUAAUUAAUUUAUAUAACUGGAAACAUACAGUAGAUACUCUUGUUUUUUUUCCACUGAGCAUUACAUAUUUGGAAAUUCAUCCGAGCUGUUGUGCAUAUCAGUAUUUUGUUCCCUUUUCUUGCUGAGUAGGAUUCCACUGCAUGAGUGUAUCAUGGAUCGUUCACCCAUUUUUCUAUUGAUGGACAUUUGGUUUGUUUCCAGCUUUUGGCAAUUAUGAAUAAAGCUGCUGCGAGCAUAUCUGUA